AUCUAUCUUUCUAACAAUUCACACGGGACAACCAUGGCGGCUGCCUUCACGAAGUUCUCCCUCACCUUCGUCCUCCUCCUCUCCGCGUUCGUCGUGUCCGGCGAGAUCGGGGGAGCCAUGGCGGCGACCGACUGCUCGACGGUCCGGUGCAUCCAGGGCGGGUAUAUCACCUGCGACAACUACCCGUACCAGAAGCUGGACGGCUGCGCCUGCGUCUGCGCGCCCAAGAACGGCCGGAACUGCAUGCUCCACCUCCAGUCCGGCUCCACUUACAACUGCGGCGACAAGAAGAAGGAAUAGCUAGCCCAAGCCGACCGAUCAGUACGUCUUCGAGUAGAGUCGAACCAAUAAUGCUUCAAGCUGUGUACCCUGUCGGAUGAUAAUAGUUCUACUGAAACGAGCUGAAUAAUGCGUGCUAGCCCUGGGUCAGUCAUUGCAUUGGGCAGCUAGCUUGGUGUUUUGGGGUGAACGAAAGCUAGAUCUGAAUUCUGAUGAGGAUACACUGACUUUUUU